CAAAUCUCUAGGGUUUUUCUCUCUGAAAUUACAUCUCUUCCGCGCCUCACCCUCUCUCUAUCUCUCUCUUCCACCGUUACUCUCCGCCGUGAGCUCUCGUAACCGUAAAAACAAUGAGGAUCAAGACAAUAUCAAGAUCAGUUGAUGAAUUCACUCGAGAAAGAAGUCAAGACCUUCAGAGGGUCUUUCACAACUUCGACCCGAGUCUUAGACCCAUGGAGAAGGCUGUUGAGUAUCAGAGGGCACUUACAGCUGCCAAACUUGAGAAGAUAUUUGCAAGGCCUUUUGUUGGAGCAAUGGAUGGGCAUCGAGAUGGGAUUUCUUGUAUGGCUAAGAACCCUAAUUACUUGAAGGGAAUCUUCUCUGCUUCUAUGGAUGGAGAUAUUCGUCUUUGGGAUAUCGCUACUAGGCGUACCGUUUGCCAAUUUCCCGGUCAUCAAGGUGCUGUGCGUGGUCUUACAGCAUCAACCGAUGGCAAUGUUUUGGUUUCAUGCGGAACUGAUAGCACUGUUCGUUUGUGGAACGUUCCUCAACCUUCUCUUGAAGACUCUGACUUUUCAUCUGAAAAAACUGUUGAGCCUUCUGCAGUCUAUGUCUGGAAGAAUGCGUUAUUGGCGGUUGAUCAUCAGUUUGAAGGAGAACUUUUUGCUACGGGCAGUGCUCAACUAGAUAUAUGGAAUCAUAAUAGGUCUCAGCCAGUCCAGAGUUUUCAGUGGAAAAAUGACACUAUAAUAUCUGUCCGGUUUAAUCCUGGAGAGCCUGAUAUAUUGGCUGCAUCUGCUAGCGAUAGGAGCAUAAUCAUUUAUGAUCUCCGCAUGUCUGCUCCUGCAAGGAGUAUUCUCAUGAUGACCAAAACAAAUUCAAUCGCAUGGAACCCUAUGGAGCCUAUGAACUUCACAGCUGCAAAUGAAGAUGGUAAUUGCUAUAGCUUUGAUGGUAGAAAGGAUGACGAAGCCAAGUGUGUGCAUAAAGAUCAUGUUUCCGCAGUGAUGGAUAUUGAUUUUUCACCAACUGGUCGUGAAUUCGUUACCGGUUCUUAUGAUCGAUCAGUGAGAAUCUUCCCAUACAAUGGAGGACACAGCAGAGAAAUCUACCAUACAAAGAGGAUGCAGAGAGUAUUCUGUGUCAAGUAUAGUUGUGAUGCUACCUAUGUUAUAUCGGGAAGUGAUGACACUAAUCUCAGGCUUUGGAAGGCCAAAGCAUCAGAGCAAUUAGGAGUUAUUCUUCCAAGGGAGGAGAAGAAGCAUGAGUACAAUGAAGCGGUGAAGAAUCGGUACAAGCAUCUUCCUGAGAUCAAGCGUAUUGUCAGACACAGGCACUUGCCGAAACCUAUAUACAAAGCAAUAGGGGAAAGCAGAGUCAUGAACGAUUCAAAGAGGAGGAAAAUGGAACGUACUAAAAGUCACAGUGCUCCAGGAACAGUUGUCAUUCAACCUCAUCGCAGAAGAAGAAUCAUCAAACAAGUGGAGUGAAAAUCUAGUUUUUGUAUCUCGUUUUGUUCUUGUUUCCUUUAUUUAUAAGAUACGUUUCUUGGAACACGAGGGUUUGUGUUGGUAUCGUGAGGGCAGUGAUAGGAACGUGGAAACAGUUUUGCUGUACUAUAAGACUCGCUAUGCUAUAAGUUAUUGCCAUUUAAGGUUCCCAACAUUUGUC